GAAACUAACCUCUAAACUUGCAAAAGUUUUGCAAUUUUAAUGUUUAUUGUUUGUUUGUGUUUUAGUUUCCUAGCGAAAUCGGUCACCCAGUUGAUUCAAAGUGUUAAAUGCAUCAGGAAACAAAGCUAAAUUUUAUAUUCUCAUCGUGUUUUCUUAUGCCGUGAAACUACCUAACUUUGGAACAGUUCAGUUCAUAGUCAAAUCCAACCCUCAGGAAUUGUGUUUGCGAUUACUCCCUGCCAAUUUUGUUGGUGUGUUUUUUCAAUCAUCCUCUCGGUUGAUAAUGUCUCCGUGGCCUCUAACUGUCAAUUAAGGUUGUAUGAUGAAGUCUCAUGUCAUUCUUUUGCUAAAAGUCCUCAAAUGGGAAACCGAUGGACCUGAUUCCUCAGGGCAGCUUCAGCUCCAUCAAUAGCUGUCUCUGCUCAAGAUUGAGACGGCCCUCUUAUCUUUGGUAUCUCUAGUCACUAUGUAUUAAGAAAAUGCAAAGAGCGUUUGCCCAGAAACUGUCCAAUCAGCAUGCUGCUGAUGUUCGGAAAGAAAUCAUCUCGACAAGUCGAGAACCUUUCCGAGGUAGUUUCAAUCCUUACGACAUUGUUGACCCUCUUGAUUUUGAGGAAUUCAUCACUCAGCACCAGUCUAUAGUUGAGAAAGAUCUCCUGAGACCUUUGCUAGAAUUUCCAUCGCAUGAUGUUGAAUUGUGCAUCGUACCCAGGAAAAUCAGGACCCAGGAGCCCCAAGUUCCGAAAGAACCCUUUUCAGAGCUUCCUGUCCGUGUGAAAGAUUGUCUAAAAUGCUACACCAAAGAUUGGGUGGUUGUCUACCACCCAUUUCGGCAAAACCCAAGUCUUCUAGUCCUUCAGACGAGAGAAUCUAUUCUGCAAAAUCUUCCUUUACAAGAGUUUGAAGUUGAUCUGGAUAGUGGCUCCAGCAAUGGCUCUAUCUGUGGUGAAGAGAAAGAAGCCAGUCCCAAAACACGCCGUUCUUCACCCAGCACUGUUUGCAAUACUCCACGUGGGAGCUGGGCUAGUUUUGAUCUCCUGAACUCGGUAAGUGAUCCCUUAAUUCCAGUUCUUCUUCAAAGAGUACCAGCCGAUUCAAUCGAUCAAAUCAACCAAUUGAAAAGGUCUGAAGGAAGACAAAACACCUUGUUCUUGUUGUAUCCAACUCAAGAUAUUGAAGACCACGUAGAACGACGAAUCACUCCUGACCUAACGGUUGAACAAUUUGGACACCGAAUCCUAGUUAAGUGUUUGCAACUUAAAUUAGAGUUGGAAGUUGAACCUAUUUUUGCUUCAUUAGCACUUUAUGAUGCCAAAGAAAAGAAAAAAGCAUCUGAAAAUUUUUAUUUUGACUUAAACCCUGAGUCUGUCAACCAGAUGCUGACAUCUCAUGUUCCAUUCAAAGAUCAGAGCACUCUCAGCCGAUCCUGCAUUUUCAAUAUCUCUCACAACCCUACUGAUCUAUUUUUAGUCAUCAAGUUAGAAAAAGUCCUGCAAGGUGAUAUAAAAGAGUGUGCUGAGCCGUAUAUCAAAGAUGAGAAAUUGAACCUAGACAAAGUUAAACAGAAUGCUGUGGCCUCAUGUGAACGCCUGGGCAAGUAUAGAAUGCCGUUUGCAUGGACAGCAGUUUAUUUUAUGAAUGUAAUUAAUGGUGUAAAUAAUGGAGAGCAUGAAAGUUUGAGCAGCAGAGAUAGUGUUAGCUCAUCAUCUAGUCUGGAGAGGAAAUUGAGUGGUAGUGGUUUUGAUCAGCUUCGUAAACGCGCAACUGAAGUUGGAAAUUCUCUUUCUAGGCGUGGAUCCCUUGAGAGGAGGAAUAGCAACUCCUUAAAGAGAUUAAGUUGGUCCUCUGACCAAUUAGAUACAAAUCUUGAAAGUUUUCGACCUGUUACUAUCACUGUUUCCAGUUUUUUCAAACAGGAGAGCGAUAAAUUGCGUGAUGAAGACUUGUACAAGUUUUUGCAAGAAUUAAAACGGCCAGCCUCUGUCUUAAAAAAAUUGAAGUGUAUUCCAGGCUCAUUGAAACUGGAUAUAUCUCCGUGUCCGGAGGAAAUGAAAAAUAGUCUAACUCCUGAGCUUUGUCCGCUGGGUGGAUUUAUUGAGGAAAAAUCUCGGCCCACAAAGGAAAUAUUAGAAUUUCCGAUCAAAGAAAUGUAUACUCCGCAUUACCAGUACCGUGAUCUACUGUUUGUUUAUCCAAAAGAACUGAACUUUUCAGGUCGUACCGGAUCAGCUCGAAAUAUCGCGGUGAAGAUCCAGUUAAUGUGCGGUGAAGAAGAACAUCAGGCGCUGCCUGUCAUUUUUGGUAAAUCAUCUUGUCCUGAAUUCACGGCUGAAACUUACACCAUUGUCAACUAUCACAACAAAACUCCUUUCUUCUAUGAUGAAAUAAAGAUAGCUCUCCCUGCAAACCUAAAUGAUCAACAUCAUCUGCUAUUCACUUUCUACCACAUCAGUUGCCAACGCAAAGCAGAGCAGACUGCUGUGGAAGUUCCAGUCGGUUACUCCUGGUUGCCCUUGAUCAAAGACGACUCGCUGCAGACAGGUGAGUACUGCCUUCCUGUUACCAUGGAACACCCGCCACUAAACUAUUCCUACAUCACCCCAGACGUCCACCUGCCGGGUAUUAAAUGGGUUGACCACCAUAAAAAUUUAUUCAGUGUCAUUGUUGACUGUGUUUCAUCGGUACACUCUCAAGACAAAUACAUUGAACAGUUCAUUAAUCUCUGCGCUUGUAUCGAAAAUGGACAGUUACCUUCUCGAGUGACCGAAUCAACGUGCGAAUCUGAGCUAAUUCGAAAAAUUUUGAACUUAAAUCAUGCUCAAUUGGAGCCAUUGGUGAAAUUUUUACCUGUCAUUCUUGAUAAGCUUCUUCUAUUUUUUUUGCAGCCUCCGUGCUAUAAAAACACUGUGUUCAAUGUUAGCUCAACAAUUUUCGAAGCGCUUGGCUUAAUUGUAAAAAAUAUUAAGACUCUAACAGAAAUCGAUCAAGACUUGCCCGGAAGGCACAGCUUACUAACAUCUUACGUAGCAUAUCAGUGCACUAUUCCCCAUCCUCCUGCAGAUUUGUUCUAUGUGGAUAGGAUUAUGCCAGUUAAUAGUCCAGACUGCACCCCCACCCAAGAAGAUGAUACUGAGGUUACAUCUUUCAUGAAACUUAACGAAAAUCCUCCUGUAUGGAAGCCAGGAGCUCAUCUGGCAAGACCAACUAAGUAUAAGUUAUUACACGAGGAGCUGCUUGUUCAAUGGAUGUCUGCUCGAAGCUCUCCAAGAGAUCAUAGCAUGGAAAAUGCUUGGUUUUUCUUCGACUUGAUGGUCAAAAGCAUGGUCGAACAUUUAUCAGCUGUAGGCAAUAUAAACGCACCUAGAAAGACCCGUUUCCCCACUUAUUUCCUUGAUGAUAUUGAGGCAUUAGUUCUGUCGUUUACAUCAGACAUAAUAAACUAUAACUCUCGGGACUCAAAAUUAAUCACCUCCAUAAAUGCAAGCCUAGCGUUUUUCAUUUUAGAUCUUUUUUCAAUCAUGGAUCGAGGUUUCGUGCUCAUGCUAGUUGGAAUCUUUUAUCGGGAAGUCACAUCCAAACUGUGCUCCUGUCCAGAAGACAUCAUGCUAUUCAGUCUGAAAUUGGACUUCUUACGAAUCGUCUCCAGUCAUGAGCAUUUUAUUGCUCUGAAUCUUCCUUUUGGCACACCAUUUACAUCAACCUCAGCGCCUGUUUCACCGACACCCUCUGUGGGCUCGUUAACUAGUCAGUCUUCAUUUAUAUCAUCCUUACUCAACAAAGACAAGGUAAAUUUCACAGAGCUGUCACCAGAAUUCAGGCAGCAGCAUUAUCUCAUUGGGCUUGUUCUUCAAGAUCUCAGAAUAAUUUUAGAUGGUCAAAAUUCAAAUCUUCAAUUGAAAAUUGUGAACUUGGUCCGUAAUUUGUUCACCAGCCACGACCUGGAUCCUCGGCUAGCAAAGUCAGAGUACAAGGCUAGAGUUGCUGCAUUGUACAUCCCAUUCCUAAGUAUCAUAAUGAAAUAUCUCUGUUGCCAUAGUGACCCUGAAGCAUCUUUGUAUCUCUCGGGUGACGAAGCUGAACCAAGAAGCAGCAUCAAUCAAUCAGUAGCAAUGGCCAUUGCAGGGACUUCGAUGUUUGGCGUCAAAACAGCUGUCGCAGAUAAUUACAAAAUGUUCCAUAAGGUUCGGAAAAAUAACCUGAGUCAUGAAACAAUGCGCAACAUUCUAAUUUGUUUCUUGUGGGUCAUUAAAAAUAUGGACAGAGAAAUAAUGUUUCAAUGGUGGAGGAAUUUACCAUCCUCUCAACUGAAACAACUCUUAGAGGUAUUGGAUACUUGUAUAUCGUAUUUUGAAUACAAAGGAAAGAAAGUAAUAAACCACUCGAACAAGCAAAAAUUUAUGAAAUCUCAAGAUAUAAAGUCCCGCCUUGAAGAUGUCAUUCUCGGACAAGGAUCAGUUCGGAAUGAAUUCAUAACGCGCAAGAAAGGAGAUCGGCUCAGAUGGCGCAAAGAACAAGUUUUGUAUAAAGGUGGCUCUGAUUCUGUGGCAAAAACAAAAUCGGAGGUCGGAUUUGAUGCCCACGUCGAAAGUAUCCUGUCCACUGAAGUCAGUUUCAUAGUUCUCGACAUUCUGGAACAGAUUGUUCAAAUGUCAGCUCAAGUUGACCAUUUUCAGAGUCUGCUCACAGCUGUUCUAAAAGUUUUGCUUCAUGCUUUGUCGCGCAACCAAAGCACUUGUGUUCUUUUUAGCAUGUUUGCCACGCAACGCUCCAUUGUUUUUAAGUUCCCGAAUCUACUGUUUGAUGAGGAAACAGAAUAUUGCGCUGAUCUCUGUCUUCAGCUCUUGAAGCACUCAUGCUCCAAUGUCAGUAAUAUUCGCUCUCAAGCUGCGGGCUCACUGUAUCUGCUCAUGAGGCAAAAUUUUGAAAUUGGUAAUAAUUUUGCGCGUGUCAAAAUGCAAGUGACAAUCUCGUUGAGUUCUCUCGUUGGUACUAGUCAAACUUUUAAUGAAGCAUCUUUAAGGAGAUCUCUGAAAACCAUUCUUCUUUACUCAGAAGAAGAUCACGAAUUACAAGACACUACUUUUCCAGAACAGGUAAAAGAUCUGGUUUUCAACCUCCACAUGAUUUUGUCAGACACUGUGAAAAUGAAAGAAUUUUCUGAAGAUCCAGAAAUGCUCCUUGAUCUCAUGUAUCGAAUAGCCAGAGGUUAUCAGAAUUCUCCAGAUUUGCGUCUAACAUGGUUGGCAAACAUGGCCCAAAAACACAUGGAGCGGAAUAACCACUCAGAAGCAGCAAUGUGUUUGAUUCAUAGCGCUGCUCUUGUCGCUGAGUACCUCCACAUGUUGGAAAAUCAAAAGCACCUUCCAAUGGGUGCAGUCGAUUUGGAGCGUAUCACGCCAAAUGCUCUUGAGGAAUGUGCUGUAUCCGAUGAUGUUCUCAGUCCUGAAGAAGAGGGUGUUUGUUUGGGUAAAGAUUUCACUGAGAGUGGAUUUAUUGGGCUAUUGGAGCAUGCUGCCAGCUCCUUCUACACGGCUGGUGUUUACGAAGCGAUGAAUGAAGUGUAUCAGGUUGUAAUCCCCAUCUGCACGAAAAAUAAAGACUUCAAAAAAUUAGCAAAUAUUCAUGGGAAAUUGCAUGAUGCUUUCAUACGCCUAGAACAACUUCAUGGCAAACGCAUGUUUGGAACAUACUUUAGGGUUGGAUUUUACGGAUCCAAAUUUGGUGAUCUAAAUGGAGAAGAAUUCAUCUACAAAGAACAAGCUUUGACGAAGUUACCUGAGAUUUUUAGCAGAUUAGAAAACUUUUAUGGAGAGCGAUUCGGCUCGAAAAAUGUAAUUAUUAUCAAGGAUUCAAAUUCAGUCGAUGUUGAUACAUUAGAUUCUACAAAAGCAUACAUCCAGAUUACUUAUGUAGAGCCCUAUUUUGACCAGUAUGAAGAACGUUACAGGCGCACUCACUUUGAUAAAAAUUUCAAUAUCCGGAGGUUUAUGUUUGCGACACCUUUCACCACGAACGGGAAAGCGCAUGGAGAACUGCAUGAACAGUACAAGAGGAAAACCAUUCUAACCGUGGCAAACCAUUUCCCCUAUGUGAAGACAAGAAUUCAAGUCGUCAGUCGGAAGCAGAUUGUUUUAACUCCAAUCGAAGUUGCAAUUGAAGAUAUUCAGAAGAAAACAAUGGAACUAGAGCACUCCAUCAAGCAAGACCCGCCUGACUCAAAAAUUCUCCAAAUGGUCUUGCAAGGUUGCAUCGGAACAACAGUAAACCAAGGUCCAAUGGAAAUGGCGACGACUUUUCUAUCAGAAUUGCUCGACUGCGAUGUGCCUCCAACGAAGCUUCAAAAUAAAUUACGGUUGUGUUUUAAAGACUUUUCGAAAAAGUGUUCAGAUGCGUUGCGAAAAAAUAAAAAUUUGAUCGGACCUGAUCAACGAGAAUACCAAAGAGAACUUGAACGAAAUUACCAUAGAUUCACGGAUAAACUCAUGCCUCUAAUUACUCUCAGGAAAGUUGAAAAAUUUCCCAGUCUAAACAGUGACACUAGUUCCAUUCUGAAAGACUCAGUCAAAUCCUUUUUGUAAAAUACCAGCUUAGUCUUAAGUAUAUACUGCUACUUACCGAGUACUUAAUUUAUGUUUCAAUAAAUUUUAUAGUUUUUUUUAAAAAAAAA